AUGAAACGAAGGAAGGAACAAGAAAACAUUCACCAAACAUUUCGGUCGACGACUGAUAAAGUAGCAAACAAAAUUAGCGCAUCACAUCGUCAGAUGAAAAGCGAACCAGAAAACAUUUUAUCUACAAGCAGAGAAAAGUUCAGAGGUGUUUUCAAAUUGAUUUACGCUCUUGUUGCCACUUCCGUCGACUCAUGUUCCGUCACGUUCUAA